UUUACAUGAUCCUGCUGGAAAUACGAAAAAUGUUUCAUCAUGAUUAAAAACUUGUGUUAUAGUGUUCAAGUAAAGCCCAAAUAUCAAGUUUGCCUCCUAACAUAACAUUUUUUGUGUGUAACUUUCAUAACAUGCUCAUGAUUUCACGUAAUUCUUGUUAUGUAAUAUAAUCUCCUUGAUUGUAUAACGUUGCACUUCCAAGUCAUUAGGCCGGCAUAUAUCAUCAGUAUUAUCUUGUAAACGAAAACCUUGUGAUAUAUUUUCCAAUCAUGUUUCAGUUUGGUUCUCCGAUCACUUCUUUGUCUCAAUUUGUUGUCCCUUUCAAAAAUGUCACUUAUAUUUUGUCUGGAUACGCUAAUAAAAUUAGCGUAAAAUUGAAAGGUAAGAGGCACACUGCAUCUGAUUCCCUACCAAUUGAUUGUGAAAAAAGUUUUGAAGAAGCUGUGAGAAACCUUGAUCCGGAACUGCUGAGUUUAUGUAAUUAUUUAAUUGCCAAAAACAAUAUGCUGAAUGCUGAACGUAUAAGUUUUCGUCCUGUGCAUUAUUCAUCAUUUGACACAUUUUUUGAGAAUAAAUAUGGCUUUCCGGAAGCAGAUUUGCACCGACAGUACUUGAUGCCCCAAAGUAAGCUCACCUCUCAUCGUCAAUUGUAUUUAGCCUCUCAAAUAAUGCAAAGUACACGAGGAUUUAAAACAAGGACGUUUAAAAAGGUCUCAGGCUUGAGAACUAGCUCUGAUAGUGGAGCUGCUAUGGCUUGGACUGAACGUAUGCCUUUGUUGAAGGGCUGGAGAGUUAAAGAAAAGAGCAAGACAACUGAAGCAGAACAAAGUGGAAAAUUGAAAACAUUGCUCUCUGAUGAAAGUUUAUCCACUGAAGAACAACAACGCUUACGGAUAGCUUUUGCUGAAGGUUACACUGCAGCCGACACUAAAGAAAAAACAAGCUCUAAACUCAGCAUGUUCAACAUAUUUAGGGAUCUAUUGGGAAUCAUACUCAUUUUAUACAUAUUAUCUUCUGUCAUGAGCGGCUCAUUUCGUAGGGUAUUCAUGGGCACGGCAAAUGAAGUCUAUCCUGAAGAAAUAGAUGUUACUUUUGAAGACGUUAAAGGUGUAAAUGAAGCUAAACAAGAAUUGCAAGAGAUAGUUGAAUUUCUGAGGAAUCCAGAGAAGUUUUCGGCUCUUGGCGGGAAAUUACCGAAAGGUGUCCUUUUGGUUGGUCCACCAGGUACAGGAAAAACUUUGCUGGCUAGAGCUGUUGCUGGUGAAGCAGAUGUUCCCUUUUUUCAUGCUGCAGGACCAGAGUUUGAUGAAAUAUUAGUUGGUCAAGGUGCUCGUAGAGUCAGGGAUCUGUUCAGCCGUGCAAAAUCUAGAGCUCCCUGUGUUAUAUUUAUUGACGAAAUUGAUUCUGUCGGGGCAAAGCGAAGUAAUUCGCUUUUGCAUCCUUACGCCAACCAAACGAUCAAUCAACUCUUGACGGAAAUGGACGGUUUUCGACAAAACGAGGGCGUGAUCGUCUUGGGAGCAACGAAUCGAAGAGACGAUUUAGACAAAGCCCUCUUGCGUCCUGGCCGCUUUGAUGUAGAGAUCACCGUCACUGUACCAGACUUGCAAGGUCGCAAAGAGAUACUAGGGCUGUACUUGGGCAAAGUCAAGGUUGCUCAAGACGUGGAUGUUGAGGUCCUAGCCCGUGGUACAACUGGUUUCACCGGUGCAGACUUAGAAAAUAUGGUCAACCAAGCCGCCUUGAGGGCUGCCAUCGACAAAGCUGAUGCUGUGUCCAUGCUGUACUUGGAGAAUGCGAGAGAUAAAGUUCUGAUGGGACCGGAACGGAAGUCUCGGAUUCCAGACGAAGAAGCGAACGUCAUAACCGCUUACCAUGAAGCUGGUCAUGCCCUUGUAGCUCAUUACACUAAAGAUGCUCAUCCGUUGCACAAAGUAACUAUCAUCCCUAGGGGUCCAUCUCUGGGACAUACAGCCUAUAUACCAGAAAAAGAACACUACCACGUUACGAAAUCCCAAAUGCUCGCUCAGUUGGACACUUUGAUGGGAGGAAGGGUUGCUGAAGAACUCAUAUUCGGACAUGAAAAAAUAACCUCAGGGGCAUCGAGUGAUUUGAAACAAGCGACGGCCAUCGCAACUCAAAUGGUAAAGGUUUGGGGAAUGUCCGACAAAGUUGGUGUGCGUACUUUUGAUGAAGAUAAAAAUUCUUUAAUUGUUGUCAGCGAGUUAGCUCAGUCAACGACUGAAGUAAUUGAUGCAGAAAUCAAGAGAAUUCUGUUAGAGUCGUACGAACGAGCAAAGAAUAUUCUUAAAACUCAUAGCAAAGAACAUAAAAACAUUGCCGAAGCUUUACUUAAGUAUGAAACGCUAGAUGCAAAUGAUGUUAAAAAUCUUCUCAUCGACAACACUGUUACACGUUCUAGAAAAUUACGAGAUGUUUAGAAAAACUUGGUAAAUUCUUUUGAUUUAGAUUAAAAGUUUUGCCUCUAAUAGUAUGAAUAAAAUUAAAAUCAUA